AUGGCCAUGGCCUUCUUCACCUUUGGCUAUGACGGUGCCAUCAGCGGCGGUAUCCUAGCCAUGGUUCCUUUCGUCAACCAAAUAUCUCACACCCGUCUUCCCAAUGGCACCCCAUACUUGACCUCGACCGACAUCUCCAUCAUGACAGCUCUCCCAGUCACUGGCUGUGUCCUCGGACUGCCCCUAGCAGCCAAGUUCGCCGACAAAUACGGCCGUAAGAAAAUGAUACUUGCUGGCUGCAUAUUUAGUGCUGUUGGAAGCGCUAUCCAGACUGCUGCUUUUGGCCUGGCCGAGAUUGUCGUUGGUCGCUGGAUUGCGAAUGUUGCCAUCUGGCUCUUCAUUGUGCUUGGAUCAACCUACAUGGCCGAGAUUGCACCCGAAAACGUCCGUGGCGCCAUCGUCGGAACAUCCAUCGUUCUCAUCAACACAGCAGCCAUCGUCGCAAGUGGCGUCAACUGGUCCAUGAGCACUGAAAUGUCCGCCAUGUCAUUCCGUCUCCCCCUUGGCCUCGGCAUCCUCUUCCCUCUCAUCCUCUUCGUUGGACUCUUCUUCGUGGAUGAUUCACCAACCUGGUACCUUACCAAGUCUCGUGACAGCGACGCCCUUAGGUCUCUCAGAAGCGUCCGCAGUGGCUACCCAGAGGCUGAGAUUUUAGCUGAGUUUGCGGCUCUGAAGGCCCAAGCAUCCAUUCGUGAGGAUGACUCAAAGGUCCCGUGGAUUGACAUAUUCCGCGGAACUAAUCUCCGUCGAUCUCUCUUGGCCAUGUCCAUCGGAAAUAUGCAGCAACUCUCAGGCAUUGCUUUCGCUACAAACUACGCUACCAUCUUUCUCGCCACAGUCAGCGGCAACGUGUCUCCUUUCCUUCUCACCAUGGUCGGCGCGAUCCUCGCUUUCGCCGGUGCAGUCACCGGAAUCUACCUUGUCGACAGAGUCGGACGCCGAACCCUCGCUCUCAGCACCUUCACCGUGGUCUUCUGCAUUGAUCUUGUCGUCGGCGUGCUUGGCUUCAUGGACUAUACAGGAAACCCCAGCAUCGCCAAGGCCAUUGCGAGCAUGUGUAUGCUCUUCUCGUUCUUCUUCGCGGCUGGAUUCGGCCCUCUGACUUAUGUCGUCUCUGCUGAAAUACCAACUGCUCGUCUGCGCAACAAGACCAGCUCUUUCUCGUUCUUGACUCUGGCUGCUUUCUCCACUGUUGUAAUCUACGUGCUGCCAUAUAUCUCACAGCCCGAUGCAGGUAACCUUGGUCCGAAGACGUACCUCGUCUUUGCUGGUUGGAUGGCCGGAUGCAUCAUUAUCACGUACCUGUACCUUCCUGAGACCAAGGGAAGAACUCCAGCCGAAUUGGAUGCCAUGUUUGAAGCUCGUGUUCCCGCUCGCAAGUUCAAAGGUAAGAAAUGUCACAAAUUUGGUAGCGAUUCGCUAACAUUCCCUGCAUCAGACUAUCAGUGCAACCUGUCCAUGGAAAGUUAUAUGAAUGAGGAGAAGAUUGAAGCUGAGAUUGCCCACCACGAAGCCAAGGUUUAA